AAGAGCAUUAAAAGGAACAGCGAAACAUUUUUUUUUAUAUAAAAACAGUCGUUUAUCUUCAGGAGCAUCCCGCAUAAGUUUGGUGGCUGGGGGGACGGAAAUCGCUGGCGUCGAGACUGUCUGGGUCACAUUGUUUUUGUCAGUUUCAGGAUGAUUCUUGGAGUUUCUGGCUGGAUGAUGCUGUGCAUUUUGGAACUGGUUUCUAGUGCGGACCAGGGCUGUCCCAGCAAGCAGCAGGUAUUAAGUGCCAUUCGCCAGAUGCAGAAACUGCUCUCUGCUCAGGAAGCCCAGUACACGCAAGGGAUGCGCAUGAUGAAGAGAAAGCUCAGUCUCCUGCAGAACACAGUGAACAAGCAGGCUUCCAAGCACAAUGAAACAUGUCCCAAACUCCACGCGCCGAAUAAUGGGAAAAAAUUUGGGAGCAGAUACUUAGUUGGCCAUGAGGUGCACUUUGCCUGCGAUCCUGGGUUUGUAUUGGUAGGAUCAAAUAGCAGGGUGUGCCUCAAAGACAAGAGUUGGAGUGGACAGCUUCCAUUCUGUAAAAAUGUAAAUGAGUGUGCCAGUAAUCCUUGUCUCAAUGGUGGGAUCUGCGUGGAUGAUGUAAACCGAUAUGCCUGUCUCUGCCAUGCUGGUUGGGCUGGCUAUAACUGCCACCUUGCCUUAAACUCACAGUGGACUACAUCACAGAGUGACCCAUCCUUCAGUCGCCAGCCACGGUGCACAGAUGUCCAAGGCUCACAACAUUGCAGCUGCGAGUCGGGCUUCCGCCUCAGUGGGAAGGAUAUUAGACAGUGUCGAGAUGUGGAUGAGUGUGAGCUGUUUCAGACGGGCCGAUUAGCUCGCCUCUGUGUACAUUCUUGUGUGAACACACCCGGUUCAUAUCAUUGUGCAUGUCCCCCUGGAUACAACUUACUGGAGGAUUCACGGGCCUGUGAAGAUAUUAAUGAGUGUACAAGCAAUCAACACAACUGUACCAGAGAGGAGAUUUGCAUUAAUAUACAUGGUGGAUUCCACUGUGUCCGCCCAGAGUGUCCGAAGUCUCGCCUCAAUGCUAGCUACGUAAAAACAUCACAAUUCAAAUGUGAGAGAAACCCAUGUCCGAUGGAAAACAAGCAGUGCGCAAAUGCUGCCUACUCCAUUACCUUUCAUUACCUAACCUUAACCUCCAACCUGCGAACCCCAAGGGCCCUGUUCCGGAUGACGAGCAGCCGAUUCACGGGUGACACCAUGCGCUUCAGCAUCGUGGGGGGCACCGGGCGGAACCAUUUCUCCAUCCAGCGCUCGGACAGGCAGACAGGGGAGCUGGUGCUGGUACACCCUAUCCAAGGCCCUGCCACCUUGGAGGUUGAGAUGGAAAUGACAGAACUCUCUGGAAAAACAGUCCUGACAAAGCACAUCUCCAAGGUCAUCAUCUUCAUCUCACAAUACAACUUCUAGACAA